GACCCGUUUCUUCUUCCCUCAGUUUCCCGGAUCACACCCUAACACCUAAAUCCCACACUCAUCUCCAUUUGCUAACAUCAGUUUCUUCUUGUUUCAUCCGAUUUUGCCCUCUAAUCAACACUACACACCUCAACAAUUCAAUUUCUCUGCACCUAAAACCCUACUGGUAUCCGAUUCACAGUCGCAGCCGUGCUCUUGAUAAAUCCGGUCAAACAAGGAAUACUUUUAGUUCCUUAGCACGAUUCAACUCUAUCCAUUUCGGUCUUGCUCAAAUCUGAGAGAGUUUUAGUUGAUCUAUAUAAUUCACGUUUGAAUUUUCAGGUGCAAGAUCUGGUAAUUCAAGUGUAUAGAGAGUUGGGAUUGAGUGGAAAAUGUCGAGGUUCCAUGUUGGAGGGAAGGUGGUGGAUAGUGUUGAUUUGUUGAUGAAGAAGCGCUGGCCGUGGCGACUGGAUGUUUGGCCUUUUGCCAUUCUCUAUUUUGUGUGGCUCAUCAUAAUUGUUCCAAGCAUAGACAUUACUGAUGCUGCCAUUGUUUUUGGUGGGCUUGUGGCUUUGCACAUUCUGUUCUGGCUAUUCACAGUAUGGUCAGUUGACUUCAAAUGCUUUGUUCAGUUUAGUAAGGUUCAUGAUAUUCACCAUGCAGAUGCAUGCAAGAUUACUCCUGCCAAAUUUUCUGGUUCCAAGGAAGUUGUGCCACUUCAUUUUCGUAACCAAGUGGCAGGUUCUUCUUCUGUAGUAGAUAUCCAGGAGAUUUACUUCGAUUUCAGGAAGCAAUGUUUCAUAUACUCGAAGGAGGAUGGGACCUUUCACAAGCUUCCAUACCCCACCAAGGAAACAUUUGGCUAUUAUCUCAGGAGCACUGGCCAUGGAACUGAAGCUAAAAUUGUCACUGCCACUGAAAAAUGGGGACGGAAUGUCUUUGAUUAUCCACAACCUACCUUCCAGAAAUUAAUGAAAGAGCACUGCAUGGAGCCUUUUUUUGUAUUUCAGGUAUUUUGCGUGGGUCUUUGGUGCCUGGACGAAUAUUGGUACUAUAGUUUGUUCACCCUAUUCAUGCUGUUUAUGUUUGAGUCAACAAUGGCAAAAAGCCGGUUAAAGACUUUGACUGAACUAAGGCGUGUAAGAGUGAACAAUCAGAUUCUAAUGGUGCAUCGGUGUGGGAAGUGGGUUAAACUUUCAGGGACUGAUUUAUUACCUGGCGAUAUUGUCUCCAUUGGACGCUGGGAAAGUGGCCUGUUCAUUUUAUUUUUAGUUGUAUUUGCGGUGAUUGCUGCUGGUUACGUGCUUGUAAAGGGACUGGAAGAUCCUACACGGAGCAAAUAUAAACUUCUUCUAAGUUGUUCACUCAUUAUUACUUCUGUGAUCCCUCCUGAACUACCAAUGGAAUUAUCAAUAGCUGUCAAUACAUCUCUGAUUGCAUUGGCACGCCGGGGGAUAUUUUGCACAGAACCUUUUCGAAUUCCUUUUGCAGGGAAGGUUGACAUAUGUUGUUUUGAUAAAACAGGAACGCUAACAUCAGAUGACAUGGAGUUCCGUGGAGUUGGGGGACUGAAUGGUAGCACAGAACUGGAAUCCGAUAUGACUAGUGUUCCUUUGCGCACGAUGGAAAUUCUAGCUUCUUGUCAUGCUUUAGUAUUUGUGGACAACAAGCUGGUACUGCUGGAUGCUCUAGUCUUAUUAUCUUCAUUUUCUAUAUGGAAAAUCAAUUGCAGGGGAGGCGGCCACGCUGUGCAGAUUGUCCAGAGACACCAUUUCGCCUCACAUUUGAAAAGAAUGGCAGUUGUUGUCCGUAUUCAGGAGGAAUUUUUUGCCUUUGUCAAGGGUGCACCUGAAACUAUCCAGGACAGGCUCACAGAUAUACCUGCAUCAUAUGUAGAGACAUAUAAGAAAUACACACGUCAAGGUUCUCGUGUUUUGGCCCUUGCUUUUAAGUCCCUUCCAGAUAUGAUGGUUAGUGAAGCUAGAAGCUUGGAAAGAGAUGUUGUGGAGAGCGGCCUUACUUUUGCUGGUUUUGCGGUGUUUAACUGUCCUAUUAGGUCAGAUUCAGCUGCCGUCCUGUCUGAGUUGAAGAAUUCAUCGCAUGACUUGGUAAUGAUCACUGGUGAUCAAGCUUUGACAGCUUGCCAUGUUGCUAGCCAAGUUCAUAUUGUAUCAAAGCCAGCACUAAUUCUUUAUCUGUCACAUAAUGGUGAAGGCUAUGAGUGGAUGUCACCAGAUGAGACAGAGAUAAUGCGCUACAAUGUAAAAGAAGUUGAAGCCCUUGCUGAGACUCAUGAUUUAUGUAUUGGAGGUGAUUGCAUUGAGAUGUUACAGAAUACUUCUGCUGUUGUACGGGUCAUUCCAUAUGUUAAGGUUUUUGCAAGAGUUGCUCCUGCACAAAAGGAGCUAAUCUUAACUACUUUCAAAAUUGUGGGAAGGAUAACUCUGAUGUGCGGGGAUGGAACGAAUGACGUUGGAGCUCUGAAGCAGGCCCAUGUAGGAGUCGCAUUAUUGAAUGCAGCGCCUCCUACUCAAAGUGGAAGCUCUUCAUCAGAGUCAUCUAAAGAUGAAAGUACGAAGUCUGUGAAAUCGAAGAAAUCUAAACCAACUAUAGAAUCAGCUGGCAAAGCUGUUAGUCAAAAUGGAGAAGGAGGCUCUUCUAAGGGAAAAGUUGCUACCAGCCACUCGGCUACGAACCGUCAUUUGACUGCUGUAGAGAUGAGAAGAGAGAAGUUGAAGAAGAUGAUGGAUGAACUAAAUGAGGAAGGUGAUGGUCACGCAGCUCCCAUUGUUAAACUUGGAGAUGCUUCAAUGGCAUCACCAUUCACAGCAAAGCAUGCAUCAGUUGCCCCCACCACAGACAUAAUUCGGCAGGGUCGUAGUACGCUAGUGACUACACUCCAGAUGUUCAAGAUUCUUGGGCUUAACUGCCUUGCUACAGCCUAUGUAUUGAGUGUUAUGUACUUGGACGGUGUAAAGCUGGGUGAUAUCCAGGCAACAAUAAGUGGUGUAUUCACGGCUGCCUUUUUCCUGUUUAUCUCACAUGCACGUCCUCUUCCCACCCUCUCUGCUACUCGACCCCACCCUAAUGUCUUCUGCUCAUAUGUCUUCCUUUCCCUCAUGGGACAGUUUGCAAUCCACCUGUGUUUCUUGAUGUCUGCAGUGAAUGAAGCUGAAAAGUACAUGCCUGAUGAAUGUAUUGAACCCGACUCUGAUUUUCAUCCUAAUUUGGUAAACACAGUUUCAUACAUGGUGAGCAUGAUGCUUCAGGUAGCGACAUUUGCUGUAAACUACAUGGGCCAUCCCUUCAACCAGAGUAUUUCAGAGAACAAACCAUUCUUAUAUGCUCUUUUGGCUGCUGUUGGUUUCUUCACUGUGAUAACUUCUGAUCUAUUUAGGGACCUGAAUGACUGGCUAAAGUUGGUGCCUUUGCCUGGUGGUUUGCGGGAUAAGCUGUUGAUCUGGGCCCUGCUCAUGUUUUUAUGCUGCUACACGUGGGAGAGAUUUUUGAGAUGGGUUUUUCCCGGUAAGGUUCCAGCUUGGAGGAAACGACAACAGGUGGCGGCAGCUAAUUUAGAUAAAAAGAAGCGUGUCUAAACUCCAUGGAUGGCCGACAGAGUAAACCCAAGCCAAAUUUAGUUACCAGUAGCAAUGACUCUAUGGAGAACAAGUGUUGAUGCUAUUUGUUCAGGCUCAGGCCGAGACAAAGUUGGAUGGCAGUCUGUUCUACGAUUUUUUUUUUUCCGGAUAGAAUACUCCACCAGAGACGACGAUUAUGCAAACAGAGGUUUCCAGUUUUUGCACAGUGGAAAAUACUAUUUUAGGGUUUUUGCUGACCAGACAACUGCUGUGUGCAGCAGCAGUGCGCCAAAUGGCUAUUUGCAAACCUUCAAAGCAAAUUGCUUGUAACAUUACAUACCAAUUGAUGAAUAUUAUUUCAUGUUAUCAUCUACAGCUACUUCUCAGUUUUGCUAUAGAACGUUUUCAGUGAAUUUCUGUACGAA